CUUAAAAUCAAAGUAGCAAAAUUAAGUUGUGAUUUCGAGGAAAUAAAAUCAAAGGGAACAAUCACUGAUUCUCUGGAGCAAUUGUCAAUUUCUGAGAAAAAGAUAGUAAGCGUUUCUACCGAAAUGGAAAAUUCUAGCGUUACCCCCGAACAAAUAGACUUACAAACUGAAGAUGUUUUGGCAUCAGACAUAUCCGAUGACACUUCAAAUUCUGAUGAUAUUUCCACAAAAGAAAUUUUGCCACUUAAUGAGAGUCAACCCGAUAAGGAGGAAGCUUGGCGUUACGUCACAAAAUAUAGUGAUCUAUUUAGGGUAGCAAUGAAGAUUCGACAAAAGGAAAGUUUGUGCUGGUAUUAUUAUUAUAAAGCAUACGAGAAUCGAGUCAGUAAUGUUAAGACUGCAAAUAAUAGCGGAGCUAGUACUAAAGCACAUAUUGAUGACCAAUCGGCAAGAACGAUAGUGUAUAAUGAAAUAAAAUCGCUCCUCCCUGAUAUCACCGAUGUAAACUUGCGUAAAAUAACUUCCAGAGCAAAAAAGGUAUAUAUAUUAUAUGAAGGAAUAGGAAUUGAUAAAAUUAGUCAAAAAACUUACAGCGCAAGUGCUAUUUCAAGUUUAAAGGAUAUUCAAAUUCAAAAUAUUAUAAAUGAUUUUCCCAAGACAACAGAUAUGAGUUGCCAGGCACAGAGUGCUAUUUCUUCCGAAAUAAAAGUGAUCGGCGUGACAAAUUGUCACGCGCAUAUGUCAGAUCUAUCUAGCUCAAACGAUUCAUCAGUCCCACUGACAGCCAGAAAUCGAG